GGUCUCGCUAAAAUUGUGUUGUUCAAUUUUAAAUUUGCGCGCUCGGGUUCUUGCAAUAUUCAUCCGCAGUUCUUUCGAUCAAGAACAAGAAAUUCACGAUAUAAUUAUAUAUUCAUUAAAUUUUAUACGACUAUCUAUGUGUUGAGGUGUUGAUUGGUAACAGACUUAGGUUAUUGUACAAUAGGCAGGAUUAUAGGUCUUCAUUCUUCUGAACUAUAUUUCGGUGUACUGAUAUCCGGCUGUACUACUUUCAAAAUGGCAGCCCCCAUGUUUUUCAAAAAUUUAAAAUUAUUUUCAAACAUUUUCAAAAUACAAGAUGUUGGCAUCCAAGUGAGAAAUGCCUCUAAAAAGGCUGGUGGGUCAUCAAGGAACAAGCGUAAGAACACACCUGGUAAACAUAGACGCCUGGUAUUGUCAGAUGGAGAGUUUGCUCAGCAAGGGAACAUCUUAUGUACUCAACUAGGCCUGAAAUACUAUCCUGGAGAGAAUGUUGGAUGUGCUAAGAAUGCUACAUUGAUUGCUCUUGUUCCUGGUACAGUGAAGCUGUCUACAGAGUUUGUCAAUCCUUAUCCAGAGAGUCCUCUUUACCAGCCAGUUAAAGAUGGUGUCAUAAUCAAAAAGACAUUUGUACAUGUAUUACCAGAUCCUCAACAUCAAAGAUUUAAGUUAAAAUCAAUGACUUGAGCUGUAUAAGUAAUGGUAUAAAAGAAGUGUUGUUUUACUUUUCAAAGGACAUUUCAUAAUUUUAAAUUACACCAAAUGAAAAACUAUUUAUUGGCAUAAGGAUUUCUGUGAAUUGCUUUAAUUUGGUGGUUUGAUAACAACCUUCAAAAUAAAUCUCCGCCAACUUUUGAAAAUGAAAUGCCCAGUAAUUUUCGUCCAGUGCCUUUUUCAUGCAUUGCCUUAAACAUUAAAACUUUGGUUAAAAACUUGAUUAUAUCAUGGCUAUAUUGUCAAUUUUUAACUAUUUACAAAGAUCUAAAGAGUUAGAUAGUAGUCUAGAUAAAACAAUCUGAUACCAGUAAAGAUGAAAUUGUGUUAUCGGUGGUAAGCUGUGAAGUGAGUAUUACAAUUGAUGAUGGUAAAUUAUCCAAAUUGAAUAGUAGCUAAAAUUUGCCCAAUUUUCCAAAUUCAAUAGCACCAAAUGA